AUGAGCACCUCAGAGCAAGCGUACAAAGUUGCAAAGGAGGAGUAUGACAAGCCUCCUACGCAGCCCCCAUACACAGGCAAGACCACACUUGGUAUAGUCUUGCGAGACUAUUUCCUUGCUCUAAAUCAGAAAGCUAUAUACAUUUCCUUGACCGGCAUGGCUGGAACAGAAACGUGCUUUAAUGAAAAUUUCUUUCAAAAUUAUUGGAAGUCGAGGGUGGGCCAUACCUGGGACGAGGUUAUUCGAUGGACAGAACCUAUAAAAAUCAUCAUUGAUGAGGCACAAAUCAUUUAUGGUGAUUGUGCACCAUUCUUUUGGGGUGAUUUGAAAGAACUUAUGUCAACCCCCUGGAGAAAUACCACCCUCCAAAUGUUGCUGCUGGCCAUACAUGAUCCAACAUAUGAUCCAACACUCAAUUCUCAAUUGAUUCCAAUACAUUUUGCAAACAUUCUUGGACUGGAUGCUCUCCAUAUGACAUCAAAUGAGUUUGAACAGCUGGUGGACAUAUUUGUCAAACGACAGUAUGCUCUAGGUAGUGGAGCUUUUGGAAUUCCAACACUGUGA